AGAUGUAGGUCAUGAGAAUAUGGAAGUUGUGCGCGGCAGGGAUAUAUUUUAUACUUUACUUUCAAGUUGUAGUCUCUGAAGUCUGCAGAUCAUGCACUGGACCUUGCAUUCUUGAUAAAUGUGCAUGUACCAAUAGCACUGGGUCUUAUGAAAUAUCAUGUGCCAUAUGCCAGUUGAGAAAAAGGAUAACUGAUAAUGAGGGCGUCAUCCUUAGUAAUGAGUGGGAUGGUGUUUCUAAGAAAGGAUACUCAAAUCUCUCCCAAUGUUCAGUACUUAUAGAAUCUCCAGUGGGCACAACAAUCAGACUGUAUGUGAAUGAAUUCAUGACAGAGUGUUGCUGGGAUUUCCUUCAUUUUCAUGAUGGUCUCUCUCCCUUUGAUCGUACCAUUGGUGUUUAUGGGGGACUGCUAAUAGACGAUGACAUACAACUACUAAAGCAGGACCGAGAAAUGGUUUCCACAUCCAAUUCCAUCUACUUAGUUUUCAGACCUGACGAGUUUGUUAACCAUGAUGGUUUCAGUAUCUCAUAUAGAGUUGACGGUUGUCCCAACGACUGCAGUGGUCAAGGUCAGUGCACUGGUGGGGUGUGUGUCUGUAAUGCUGGUUGGCAAGGUGAUCUGUGUAACACAGCAACCUGUAAAUGUGAGAAUGGUGGUCAGUGUAAAGUUGGGGGUUGUGAGUGUCCUGACGGUUUUACUGGAGAUAACUGUGAGAUUGAUACCCUUGUCAAUUGGUGGAGUUACCGAGCAGCUAGCACCUCAUCGCCGGGUGGACGCGCUAGCUUCGGUGGAGCUCUAGUGGAUCAUACCUACUGGGUGUUCGGAGGGUACCACCUGGAUGGAACUAAAGUAAAGAUGGCAAAGUAUGAUCUGUUAACUAACACGUGGUCUAAAGGGACAGACAGUGGACCAAUAGAUAGGGACGGUCACACUCUCACUGCUUACAAGAACUACCUGAUAAUGUUUGGAGGACAGAUGAACUACCAGAUUACAGACGAGUUGUGGAAGUAUGACAUCACUUCAUCUCAGUGGCACCAACUCAACCCACAGCACCCCCUGGGAGAAAUGUACCCAGCUUAUGCCAGGACAAGCUCUAUGGGACACUGUGCUGUGCUGGUCAACAGUACUAUCUACUAUAUAGGCGGUAUAGACUCCAAGGGGGUGGCCAUUAUAAACAUACAAACCUAUGAUGUGGAAACCAAUGUGUGGAAAGUUAUAGGCCACCGUAAGAUGACUAGACAUUUCUACGACGCUGAUAGCAGGUUCCUUAAGUUUGAAGAUGGCCGGAUCUACCACGGACGAUACGCUCCGUCGUGUGUGCUGAAUCCUAUUACUGACAAGAUAACUGUAUUCGGAGGUUUAAACACGACACGUAUAAUGGGAGAAAACGAACAGUACUGGAUACAGAGCGAGCUGGAAACUAUUAAGGAAUCUACUUUUGUAGAGUACGACUUUUAUAUGAAACACUGGAGCAACCUGUACAAAGCAGACAGAAACACAAUACCGCUAGUGUACUUAGCCGCAGUUGGGAUGGUGGGUAGGAACCUAGUUGUACUUGGAGGAGCUCAUCUCAGCAAGGGUUCAACACAGUGUUACAACACUGCUCCUUAUAUCCUGAACUUAGAAACCGGAGAAGGACGAGAACUGAAAAGUUUCAGAAAGCUGAAACAGGUGGGUCCUUUCAGAAUGGGCCAGGGUUCCUUCACCUACAACAACUCUGUCUACUUCUUCGGAGGAUACAACGGCAAACUCCAUCACGACUUCAUUGUUUACCACUUCGGCGUGUGUGAGGAUCACACCAACAAAUCACGUUGUUUGAGCGCUAGAGAAGAUUUUACGGAGUGCGGAUGGAAUGAGACUACUAGCAACUGCUUUACCAUUCCCAUCAGUGACUGUGGCGCAGUGAAGUGUGACGAGGAGUGUGUCCCAGGGGACGGGUUUGACCGGCGGUGUCACGCCUGCCAGACCCGGCCGGACUGCGUGUGGGACCAACACUACCCUGAUACCUGCCGUCCUACAGCUCUGGUUAACGCUACCGGCUUUGAUGACCUGUUCAAGUGCCGGAACGUGCCGAAUAAUAAACCAAGUCGUAUCCAGUGCUCGGAGUACAAGUUGUGUGAGCAUUGUAAGGGGCAGUGUGUGUGGGAUGUUAAGAAUAGGAGGUGCGGUGUUAAUGUUGAGAAUGAAAGACAAGAAGUGGACUGCAGUGCUAUCAGACCGUGUUCUGCUGCCACCUCCUGUAGCAAGUGCCUGGGCAAUGAACACAUGAUCAGGAGCUGUAUGUGGUGCCAACUUGAUAAACUCUAUCCAGAUGGUCGGAGAGAGGGUCAGUGUUUAGAUACUUCAACAUACCACGCAAGAUAUCCCUACGGGCAGUGUGUCAAGUGGACCAUGACCUACAGCUCUCCAAUAUGCCCAGCUGCGUCGUGCAGUGCACAUCGUAACUGCACCCUGUGUCAAGCUGAGCCGGAGUGUGGCUGGUGUGAUGACGGUAGUGGUACAGGCACUGGUUCUUGCCAUUCUGGAACCUUUUAUAGUCCCCUUGUUACCAAUAUUUGUCCAGAGAAGAGUUGGUUUUACGAAUCCUGCCCACUUUGCCAGUGUAACGGACACAGUAACUGUACGGACAACGUCCACUGUGAUCAGUGCCAGGGGGACACUCGAGGUAAAAACUGCGAUAGCUGUGUAGACGGUUACUAUGGUGACGCUACAAACAAGGGACUCUGCAAGCCUUGCCACUGCAGUGAGCACUCUGAGCCUUUCUGUAACAACUUGUCUGGUAGAUGCAAGUGUAACACAAUGGGAGUUGGGGGAACCGGCUGUGACACCUGCAUUAAGGGAUACGAAGGGGAUCCGAAGAAAGACGGUGGAACAUGUUUUCGUCUGUUGAAUGCAGGCGGUUUCACUCACUCUACGACCGUUACCACCAGCAAGGUGAACUUUAUGACGAAGUUAAAUGCGAGCAUUACAGAGGAUGUGAUGAUAGAGAUAGUAGUCACCUUCUCCUCCUCCAACUACACUGAGUUUAAUUUGAACACAACUAUGUUUUACCUCGGCAACUCGUACAACACCUAUAACUAUCUCGCCAAGCAACCCCCUGCUCCUUCACCCAAACAACAGACACCAGAAAGACAGGACAUGACAGUCUUCGAACCAAUGCCACGAAAAAUAACCUCUCAUUUAGCUCGCGACAAGGAAGUUACCUUCCUGGAAGAAUUAAUUAGGGAAAAGACGAUACAAAGGAGUUGGGCUAACACCUUUAAGAAGUCAAGAUAUGACUGGGACUUGCGGGCUGCAGAGCUGAGACUCUACUUGGAGUUCAAAAACUACAGGCCUGGAGAUGUGCGAACUCUUAGGAUAGAGGUGCACCAGGCUAGCAACCAGAUCGAUCUGAAGCAGUUCUUUAUUAUUUUCUCCUCCUGCAUUGUCAUCCUCCUCCUAAUAUUCCUCUUAGCAUGGACAGCUAAGAUACGGUACUCCCAAUACCGAACUCAGAGGAACUUAGAGAUUCAACUUCAAGAAAGAGCACUUAGACCUUUCAAAACCCACAAAGUUCUCUUUAAAGACCCAAAUUCCCCCGCACCAGGAAGAAUAUUCGAGGUACGCCCUCUAGGAAUAGAACCAUUAGCAGAAGAAAAGUACGGUCUCUCAUCAUAUCUACUCACAAUGCCCGGGCCUAAAGACAUAAACCUCGCCAUCGUAUCUGGUUCCUUUGUCACUUCUUUACCUUACGGCAAAGUCAUAUCAAACCCUAACGUCUAUUUCACUGCCGAAGUAUAGCAAUAUAGAGAUGACGAUCAAGUUUGAAUUAAACAUUACUGAAUUUACAUCAGUUCAUAGAUCAGCAUACUGUUUGGGAACUGUAUUUGUUGGGGCACGUGACAGAGAUGCUGGGUUCGGAAUGGUCAAUGCUGGAAGCUGAUUGGUAAAUUGCUGUCACGUGUUUCGAAAACAUAUAGUUCAUCUUCCCACCAGUCUCCAGAUCUAUUGGGCAUGGUAAUCAGGAUUUUCAAAUUAUACUCAUUCCAUCAUUCCCUGUAAAAUUUGCCAUAAUCAGUAAUUUUUAUUUUCUAAUUUGAUUUGACGCAGUGUUUAUGAUUCCUCAUCAAAUGUUGAUUAUUUGUAUUCAGAAUUUUCGAAUCAAUCGUACGUAUAAUACGAAGUGGCCCAUAACUAACGCAAUAUUAAGUAGAGUAGGUUGAACUGUUGUAGAGUAUCUUGUCUGAGCAACUUUUCCUCUGCUUAGAUUACCGGUGUUUAGGAUCGUUUAUUAAUUCGUGGCCACUCUGUAGUUUGUUUUAAAUAAGAUGAUUGAUUUAUCCCAGAAAAGAAGUCGUUAAUAGAAAUUAUGUUACUGUUGUACUUACACAUUAACUAGCAUGUUCCGAUGCAUUAAUUUAAUCAUUAUUAAAUUAUUUAGUGCACUGUUCAUGUUGGUCAUACAGUUUUAUCAAAAUUUUAUUUUAAAUGAUCAUGACUAAAUUUCUUUAACUUCAUUGUUUCAACUUUUAGAUCAGACUUUAGUUCAGAAACAAGUUUUUAUCCGUUAGAUUUACUAUUAACAGUCGUAGGAGUGGGUUAUAUUAUGAACUUCAGAAAUACUUUUUAUUUUAAAUAAUUAAACCGUAACUUGUUAGACCUAAUUCUGUAAGUUCAGUGAAAAACUCCCAAGUUGUGGCACAUUUCUUCUGCGUGACCCAAAAUUUCAGUCACCUUGGAAUUAUAUCAGUCUAGAAUGGAUUCUGAUCUGAACGUUUAGAUCUUUACAAAUUUUAAAUUUUAUUUGUAUCGAAAGAGUCAAAACUUAGAACAUCACCUGACUUUAGCCCCUCUACCAAAGUUGAGAUCCUAUCUGUACAGGUAUAACCCUCUUCUAGUGAUAAAGAUAUUGUGCAGCACAGUGAACAAACUCACAGGGCUGAAUGUUUCUCAAUGUGCUUUUGUUUUGUUACGUUUUCGUUUAGUUGUAGUAUAUAUGAUUAUAAAACCAUGCAAGAUUGUAUUAACAGUAUAAAUAAGUUUCUAAGCUGUAUUUAUAUUUGAUUAGUUUGCUAUUUUGAAUUAUCGAA